CACUCAGAUUAUCUCCAUCCUCCUGCCGCUGAGAUGUCGACUCCAGAUGCAGCAGGUACCGGCGGGGGGCCCGACGGCGAGGGGGGCGCCGCGGCGGCGGCCCCCAACCUCACCAGCAACAGACGCCUGCAGCAGACGCAGGCUCAGGUGGACGAGGUGGUGGACAUCAUGCGCGUGAACGUGGACAAAGUCCUGGAGCGGGACCAGAAGCUGUCGGAGCUGGACGACCGGGCCGACGCGCUGCAGGCCGGAGCCUCGCAGUUCGAGAGCAGCGCCGCCAAGCUGAAGAACAAGUACUGGUGGAAGAACUGCAAGAUGAUGAUCAUCAUGGCAAUUAUUGGUCUCAUUUGUUUCGGAGUAAUUUUCAUGUACUUCUUCUACUGAGCGUGUCUUCAGGGACGGACAUGCACCUCCUCCUCCCCCCUCCUCUGCUCCUCCUGCCGCUCCUCAGAAACCCUGCGGCGCCUCCUUCGGUCGUCCCGGCUCCUCGGGCAAAGCCUCCCUCAGGCAGGAGGCCCGAGCGGACGGAAUGUUUCAGGCUUUUCGGGGUCGACCCAACUGGGAAAGUUAAAUAAUUAGAAGUUGAUACAAAAAAAAGUGAAUCCCUCGUCUUUUAUAAAAGUCACAUUGAUCGUGUGUUCAGGAUUGAUUAUUGGUUAUUAAAUGUAAUGAUGGUGGCGGGUGGAGGAGAGGGGGAGCACUGGGAACCGUAAGGUUGGCUGCUCCACGUCCCACCUCGAAGUGUCCCUGAGCAAAGACACCUGACCCCUACUUGCUCCCCGCAAAAUGUUUAAAGCCAUUCUUGAACAACAGUUAUGAACCAACCCCGCCACAAUAAAGGUCCACUGCUUUGCUAAUGAACAUGAGGAAGUCAGCUGAUAUUUCACAUUACAAUUAAAGAGAUAUUGAACCGAAACAACAGCAAACAGCUUAUUCAAAUGGAUUUUUCUCCUUCGUUUUAUUGCUCUUCGUGCAGCCGUGUUGUUCUUGUUCGGGAUUGUCGCCCCCUGCUGUCAGCAUCGGUACUGCAGCUGAUGCGUUUCCACGGAAACAAUGAAGAUUUUAAUGUCGGAUGUUCAGUUUUUGUCGUCACGUUGUCCCAACUUGUGUUUUCUCGUCUGAACGUUUCCGUGCUCUGAAUGUGACUCGUGUGUAAACUGUAGAUAUUUAUCAGAAUGUCUGAAAAUCAGCAUCAACGGUUCUUCGGCUCUGCCGGAUGCAAAACAUUUAACGUUGGAAGUUCUCUUCCGUUAUUCUGUGAAUUCAAAUAAAUUCAUGUUUGCAGCAGA